AUGCAGGAUCCAGCUGCACAACCGGAAUACCGCCUAGGAAGCGCGGAUGCAUUUGGUAAUCCCAUCACCGUAUCUCAGGCUGCCACAGAUGAAGAGUUGCGGGAAGUAAGCGAAGAUAAUCUCCUUCACGAGGUGUUAGCAAUGAACACACUUGCCAUGCAAAGAUGUAAUGCAAACAUGCCAGAAGAAGCCACAACCAUUCUUACAGAGGCGUAUAUGAAACUACACAAUCGUACUUCCCCACAAAACCAACAAAUGAUAGACACACUCCGCGCCACUACACUUAAUAAUCUUGGUGUGGUGGAGUGCCAUCGCGGACAACAUCGUCAGGCGCUUAGUCACUUUGAAGCGGCACGACAAUUAGAGGAAACUUGGGGUACCGCCUCUCCUUCUGUGGCACUUAACAGCUGUGCAGCCUAUAAUGCAUUGGGCAUGUAUGAUAAAGCCACAGCAGCGGCUACAGAAACGAUUGAUAUGCUGCGGACGUUGGCUGUACAGGAGAAAAAGAAUAAUAAUACCAGUAGCGGAGGUACUGGUACUGGUGUGGGAGGAGAUGAAUCUCGAUCAUUGCAGGGAGGCGGUAUUGUGAUUGCUAAAUCCGACAAUAAUGCCCUCUGGGGAGCUGCUUGGCAUAACAUGGCGGUGGCACAAAUCAACACAGCGAGACUGACGAAGGAUACAACAGAACAUGCAAAUGCAGCUGUACUAUUUCAGAAUGCUAUGCGAGCAACUCAGGAAUUACUGGGUCGUGAUCAUCCCAUGACAAAGAGUGUUACCGCAACCUACCGAAAUGUGCGAGAUGUAUUACGUUCCUAUGGAGUUUAUAAGCAACAUCACACCAUGCUGACAGCCCCUCCACGACCAGUAGAUCCACGUGAUGAAGAAGAGGAAAUGGAAAGAUAUUUACAGCAAUCUGGUACUAAAUCAAGACGUCGUGCGUUGGAUAAGUAUCACCGUGAUCUCACCAUCACCUUCUGUGGUGAGGCGACCAAAGGAUUAAGGUUAACAGAGCGACUGGAUCCAACACCGUAUCCAGGUGCAGUGGAUGAGGCAUUUCGAAAGAAGAAGGGACAGAAGGUGCCAGGUGUGCUGCGUGGAAUGGCACUAAGUGAGACUUUACUGCGGGCUGGACAACUCUACGGUAACCCACACCCAUUGUUGUUUUCACUUCCACCAAACUAUAACUCCACAAUGGGUGGAACGUUGAAGGAUAGUCAACAUACGGGAGACUACUCUGGGAAUGGAGGGAUGCCGACACCUCGCACCAUCACAAAUCGAGCGAAGUCUCCCAUUAAACAACAACAACAACAACAACAACAACAACAACAACAACAACAGCAGCGUCGGCGGCAGCAACAACAAGAACAAUUACAACAGAGGCAGCAGCAACAACAACAACAAUUGCAACAAUGGCAACAGCAACAACAACUGCACCACUGGCAACAACAACAAGAACGACAACAAGAACGACAACAGCGACAACAAGAACAAUUACAACAGCGACAACAACAACAACAACAAUGGCAACAAUGGCAAGUAGACUCAACCAAAAGGUCUGGAAAUCCGGGUUACCAGCAAAUUGUAUCAUCUGCAUCCCAACAGAAAGGCUCUGUAUAUCAAGGGUCGAUGGCUAGUAAUCGACAGAAAACCAACACCAACUACAAGCAAGCACCACCCGUAUAUGCACAUAUUCGUUCCAACCAAAAACCACCAUCACCUAAUCACGAACAGACAUCCCCCAACCAUAGUUACAAUCCACUAUCAUAUGAGAUGGCAUCCCAUAGCUCCCAAGAGGCCAUGUACAAUUAUCAGAAAAACACCUCCAAUAUACAAGAGGGGUCCUCUCGUAACUUGCAAAUACCCCAACAAGUGCCAUCCAAUGACCAGAGUAAAACAAUCGAUCACAGAGGGAACAGAUACGAACCACAGAUUCCCUCCCAAAAGGUGAUAAUACCUGAUAAGGCAGAUUCCUCUAGUGAACGUGUCCCAGUUCAGCAUUCAUCAAGGACACGACCCCCGCGUCCACCUUCGUCUGAAAGGCUUCUCCCGCCACUAAAUAAAGCGUCUGCCCGAGGAGGAAAAGGAGGCGGGAGGCGAACACCUGGUGGUAGCGACAGUGCAAUGGCAGCAGCAACAACGGCAGCAACAACUGCAACAUCAUCAGGAACCGCAACAAAGCCUGGAACAGCAACCACCACCACCACCACAAGGGCAACAACAAAGUCAACAUCCAGUAGUGGAGGUAGCUCAAGACAACGACCCCCUUCCGGACCCAAGCCAAUGACCGUAGCUGCUGGUCCUACCUACGAACAGAUUAAGUACGUUUUGCUUGCUGAACCUCAAGAAGAACGGAGACAACGUGGAGCAAUGGAUCAGCGGUUGACGAAUGACCUCUCGCCAGUGUUGAUUGCAUCAAGCAACGCCCUUCAGGGAACGGACGGUGAGUUAACUACCGAAAUGAUUGAUGGUAAGGCACACCAACUUUUUGAUGCGAUGUGGGUGACAGCGACACCAGCUAUUGAUACUACUAAAACUCAUACUGUGGGGAGACCCAGUUACUAUGUUUCUUCUGUUGUGAAUCUUUCUAAAGGAGAUGCUGUUCUACCAGAGGAGGUAAUGCAGAUGAUGAUGGAUGGUAGCUCCACCUCGGUGAAUGAGACCGUAGCAGUGGGUGGCGAAGCCAAUCAAUGA